CGACGUGCAUGAAAACCACGCCUGUCCCAAACUCUUCGCCCAAUGCUAAAUCCAUCGACCUUAUUCUCCAAGCUAUUUGGAAGGACGAAGUCAGGGUGGACGAUAACAGAAUGGCAAACCAAAUUAUCCAUAAAAAAACGUUAUACAUCCUGAGUAGUUGUAGGCUACGUUCUGUAUUUAUUUAUAGUCAUUAAAAUAUUAGCUACACGUGUGCUCGAGACAUGUAGGCUGGCUAACAUAUCCCAGGAAUUGAACUUGCUGGUGAUGAUGCUCGUGGAUCAUGACUGUUCUGGGACUGAUGUUCGGUUGGUUCGUCAGCUCAACAAGGGUAUGAGGAUUCAACCAGGGAUAUGCAGCGGAGGGACCGAGCAGCAACGGGGAUGUAAAACUGGAGACGUCAAUGAAAAUCUUGUUUGUCUGCAAUCUCAGGAUGAAACGGGACGGGUGUGUCCUGGAAGCCCAGCACUGGCGACAGACACGCGGCUAUCCUCCUGUUCCACAGCAGACCGUGAACCAAGCAGUGGCAGUUACAACGUCUCCACUGGAACGGGAACCUUUUACAGCUGCGUCAGUCAGAUCACCAUCGGGUUUGAUCUCGGGGGCCAAGUGGCCAUUGGUAUCUCUCAUUGGAACAGUCCAUUCCCUUCCAGAGGUCACCCCCUGUGUGACAGUCCUGAUGGGGUUCGCUCCGAGGCCUCCGCUGCCGCAGCCCCGCAACUCCCUGAGUACCAAGAGCCAGUGUCCUGUCCUGCCUCCCUGUCAAUCAACCCUAUAUCAUCCCACUGCAGCGCCAGCCAGGAGACCAUCAGCGAAAGCAGCACAAGUGUGAGUUUCUCUCUACAUGGGGCUGAGCUCCAAUGGCAGAGCCCCCACAGACGCAGAGUUCUGCGUCCCCCGUCCCCUGGGGUUGAGGCUGCGGAUUUCUCCUUCCCCCACAACAGGUCGCCAGUCAGAAUGGAGGAGUCCUUGGCUGGGGCCCCGGAUUCCCCCAGCACACAGAACAGCGUGCCACCCCCCGUUUUGAAGGAUGUGAAGUUGUUAAUGGAGAGUUUGGAGGGGCUGAGCACUCCGUCCAAAGAUGGCGACUCGACCCUACUUGACCCCGGGACCAGUAGCAUCCUGGACGACAACACCAGGACUGACCCGGCACCAGAGGUAGGGAGAAGUAGGUCCAGUGGCUUGUGCUUCAGCGAUGGCAAGUGCCACAUCGACUACAUCCUGGUUUACAGGAAGUCUGGUCCNUCUCCCCAGGUAGGGAGAAGUAGGUCCAGUGGCUUGUGCUUCAGCGAUGGCAAGUGCCACAUCGACUACAUCCUGGUUUACAGGAAGUCUGGUCCACAGUCGGAGAAGAGGGAAAUAUUUGAGCGCAACAUCCGGGCCGAGGGCUUGCAGAUGGAGAAGGAGUUGUCUGUGUGCAACAGUGAUGUGAUCUUCCUGAAGCUGCAUGCUCCCUGGGAGGUGCUGUGUCGCUACGCAGAGCUUAUGAACAUUCGGAUGCCGUUCAGGUGGGGAGGACGAACACACAGGGAGCUAACAGAAGUAAGAACCUCCAAUCCGGACGCAUGGGCAGAGAACCACAGACACUUGCUGUAUGAAUUGCUGGGCCUGGUGGGGUGGUGUGCGUACCCAAGUACCAGCCACUGGACCUUCAUAAGGCGUAUAUUUCCCACCCCCCUGGGAAGGAAAAUUGGUCUCUAUUUUUGCCUGGCUGGGUUGUACACCUGGGAUGCUGUUCCCUGCGCGCUGGUUGGGCUCAUGGUCUUCCUCUACGGCUGCGUUCACCCUAGACCACUGCCAGGUCAGGUCACCCAUCUUUUUGACAACGGAGCAAGCACAGUUUUCUUUGCUGUAUUCAUGGCUGUGUGGGCAACCGUGUUUCUCGAGUUCUGGAAGAGGCGGCGAGCGGUCCUUGCGUAUGACUGGGACCUAAUUGACUGGGAGGAAGAGGAGGAGGAAAUCCGUCCCCAGUUUGAGGCCAAAUAUUCCAAAAAGGAGAGGAUGAACCCCAUAUCUGGAAAGCCUGAGCCGUACCAGGCCUUUACAGACAAGUACAGCCGACUCAUCGUCUCAGCUUCUGGAAUCUUCUUUAUGAUCCUGGUGGUGAUCGCUGCCGUCUUCGGCAUCGUGAUUUACCGRGUGAUCACAGUCAGCACUUUUGCCGCCUUCGGCUGGGCUCUCAUCAGGAAUAACUCUCAGGUGGCCACCACCGGCACAGCCGUGUGUAUCAACUUCUGCAUCAUCAUGCUCCUCAAUGUGUUGUAUGAAAAAGUUGCCCUUCUGCUCACCAAUUUAGAGCAGCCAAGGACUGAGUCCGAGUGGGAGAACAGCUUCACCCUGAAGAUGUUCCUGUUUCAGUUUGUCAAUCUCAACAGCUCUACCUUCUACAUAGCUUUUUUCCUGGGCAGGUUCACUGGUCGGCCAGGAGCCUAUAUCCGCCUCAUUAACCGCUGGAAACUGGAAGAGGUGAUGCAUCCCAGUGGUUGUUUGAUAGAUCUCUGCAUGCAGAUGGGUAUCAUCAUGGUGCUCAAGCAGACCUGGAACAACUUCAUGGAGCUGGGCUACCCGCUGAUCCAGAACUGGUGGACGCGGCGAAGGCUGAGGCAGGAGCACGGCCCCAACGCCAAGGCCAGCUUCCCGCAGUAGAGGGACUACAACCUGCAGCCCAUGAAUGCCUACGGACUGUUUGACGAAUACCUGGAGAUGAUCUUACAGUUUGGCUUCACCACCAUAUUUGUGGCAGCUUUCCCCCUGGCCCCGCUCCUGGCCCUCCUCAACAACAUCAUUGAGAUCCGCCUGGACGCCUACAAGUUUGUCACCCAGUGGCGGAGACCCCUGCCCUCUCAAGCCAAAGACAUAGGGAUCUGGUACGGCAUUCUGGAGGGCAUCGGUAUCUUGUCCGUCAUCACCAACGCCUUUGUCAUCGCCGUCACCUCCGACUUCAUCCCACGCCUUGUAUACGCAUACAAGUACGGCCCGUGUGCCGGGCAGGGCCGGGCCGGGGAGAGGUGCAUGAUGGGAUAUGUGAACGCCAGUCUAUCGAUGUUCAGAGUGUCUGAUUUUGAGAACACGUCGGUGCCCAGGACAGAUGGAUCGGAUACGUUUGGAGAAGCAGUGAAGUACUGCAGGUACCGUGACUACAGAGAGCCCCCAGACUCGCCCGGUGAGCCAUACUCCUACACGCUGCAGUUCUGGCAUGUCCUGGCCGCACGACUGGCCUUCAUCAUAGUCUUCGAGCACAUGGUUUUCACCAUCAAGAACCUGAUCGCCUACCUGAUCCCAGACCUGCCCAAGGACCUGCGGGACCGCAUGCGGCGGGAGAAGUACCUGAUCCAGGAGAUGAUGUACGAGGCCGAGCUAGAGAGACUGCAGAAGGAGAAGAACGAGAAAAAGAAGAAUUACAGGGCCCAUCAUAACGCAUUGCUCUGAAUGCACAAGCAGGUCAUGCUGGUGUCCAUUUUUGCUCGGUGGCGUUGUGUGUGGGAAUGACAGAGAACUGGCUGCAUGCACGCCAGGGACUGUCCUGCCUGUCUYCGUCUCUCACUGGACCAGAUGAGCGCCCCCAAGAGGACCGUCCAACAAACCUGCAUUCAGCAUGCUCCUCGUCAUGGUGUUCAAACGUACUGUACGUCAUUUUGAAUCCGAGAGGCCAGUGGGUGAGGGGAAAAAAGAGGACAUACAUUGGAACAUUUGACAAUGGGUUUACUACUUUUUUCCAGAUUGCUCCUUCCACUUUGGACUCACAACUGUACAUUUCUUGAAAACCUGAAUGUAGAUUUCAAAGAAACACAAAAAACWAACUUUUGCAGUUCUAUUGUCACAACUUAAAAAAAGUCAUCUGUGCGGUUGAAUGACAAACCCUGUUUACAAUCCUAGUCUUUUUAUUUUGAGGACAAACUCAUGAGGAAUCAUGAUCAAUUGCUUUUACAAGGUUGUAAACCUUCGGCCAUGUUCUCUGCUUACGUUGUGUGCUGCUUACAAUGUUAUUUUGAAACGUUCCAUCAGAUCUGUGUUAGUGAACGCAGACUGCUCGAACAUCCAAUGCCUUCCUUUACAAUGGAUACUAAUAACAAGAGUAAUAAAUAUUCAUAUUUGUUACAAA